GUAAUUCCUACCAAUCUCACUCGUCCAAUCUCAAUUGCAUCUCGCCAGGUCCCCGCCUUCUUUUCACACCUCAGCAAUCCAUGAACAUAUUAUUUCGUUGCUGACUUGACGCAAUAAAUAUGGCAAUGCGCGCAUGCAGGCGUGCGACGCCGACUACACGUGUCCUGCGACAAUGGACAAGAAGUAUGGCGACCAUGGCUCCACCAGUAAUGCAGGACUCGACAGGCUCAAAAGGCCCGACCGCCAUGGUGUUCAUGAAUAUGGGCGGCCCCUCGACGACGGCGGAGGUUGGCGACUUUUUGAGCAGAUUAUUUGCGGAUGCUGAUCUUAUUCCUCUUGGCCGCCUACAGAGUUACAUCGGGCCGCUCAUAUCGCGACGACGUACGCCGAAGAUUGAAAAACAAUAUGCCGAGAUUGGAGGCGGCUCACCUAUUCGCAAGUGGUCCGAGUACCAGGCCGCCGAAAUGUGCAAGCUUCUUGACAAUAUGUCGCCAGAGACAGCACCGCAUAAGCCGUAUGUGGCAUUUCGCUACGCCAAUCCUUUAACGGAGCACAUGUAUCAGCAAUUGCUCGAGGACGGCUUCGGAGGCGGUAAGGGGGGAAGGGCCGUUGCCUUCACACAAUAUCCCCAGUAUUCCUGCUCAACAACGGGCUCCUCAUUAAACGAACUGUGGAAGUGGAGAAACAGGCUGGAAGGGAAAAGAGCAAACGGGGAGGUCGAACCGCAGGGAUCCAUUCAAUGGAGUGUAAUCGACCGCUGGCCUACGCAUCCUGGACUCGUCGAGGCCUUUGCACGGAAUAUCGAAGCGACACUGGCAACAUACCCUCCUGAGCGAAGAGACGACGUUGUCUUACUCUUCUCCGCUCACAGUCUACCCAUGAGUGUGGUCAAUCGUGGAGACCCAUACCCCGCCGAAGUAGCCGCGACCGUGUAUGCGGUCAUGCAGCGCCUGGGUAUGAAGCACAAAUAUCGCCUCGUCUGGCAAUCGCAAGUCGGGCCACAGCCAUGGCUUGGAGCCCAGACGUCUGAUACCGUGAAGAACCUUAUGAAGAAGGGCAACACAGAUAUCAUUUUGAUUCCAAUUGCAUUCACGAGCGAUCACAUCGAAACAUUGUAUGAGCUCGACAAGGAGGUCAUUGGAGAAGACGCAGGUGGACACCCAGGUGUCAAGCGUGCCGAGAGUCUGAACGGCAAUCCCGUCUUUAUCCAGGCGCUUGCAGACCUCGCAAAGGAGCAUCUACAUAGCGGCCUGGCAUGCAGCCCGCAGAUGGCGUUGAGAUGUCCCGGUUGUGUUAGUGAGAGGUGCCUACACCAAAAGGAGUUCUUCGCCGGACAGGCGAAGCAUCUGCAGGCGAUAUAAGGGGGCAUCACGAGGUAACAUACAAGACCGUUGUACAUUUACGUGUAUAUAGUCACAAUGCAAGCAGCGAAGUGGACAUGGUUUCGCGACGAUAUAUAGAUACACUUUGGAUAUAACGCCUCUAUCAGAUCAUCACGUGACCGGAUGCAAAUUCUCCGUCUGGUUUCACAUGCAAGAUCGAGGCCGUCACAUUGUCUAAGGGCCAAGUUUGUGGUUGAUGUAUCUGGCAUACAAUUGCUUUUAUUUCACC